AUGGUUGCCAGGCAACGCGGCCGGGCCAUGGAGGCGUCGUACGAGUCCGAGUCCGAGUCUGAGGCCGGGCCUGGCACUCAGCCGCCCGGGACCGGGACCGUGAGCGCGGCAGUGCGCGAGCACUUGCGGAAGCUCUGUCUGCGCGAGUUCCCGUGCGGUGCCGGCAGCUGGAAUAAGUCGCGCUUUCUUCCUCAAACUUGGCGAACAUGGAGGGAGCUUGUCCCCAGAGAGGAGGACCUGGUGAGCCCCGGGGAGGAGACGGUGGAGGCCCUGCUGGGCCUGGUCUGCAGCCGCCACUCCCCCUGGGCUCUGCUGAACGACUCGAAUGCGGAAGACAGUUUCCUGAGAGAACUGGCCAUCCGGAACCCGCUGACGAUCACAGACACCUUCUUCUACUCCUACUUCCGGUCCCUGCGGGUGGUAGACAAGGAGGUCACCCUGGUGGAUAAAGACCUCCUGAAAUUUCUAAAGCUGGAGGAGUUGGUACUGAGCGCCAAUCGAAUCAAGGAGGUGGAUGCCACCAAUCUGCCCCCCACACUCAAGGUGCUGGAGCUCUACGGCAAUGAGAUGAGCAGCAUGGAGUGUCUGUGCGCCCGCCCACCCGCCGGCCUGCAGCACUUGGGGCUAGGCCACAACAAACUUCUAGGCCCCUUGGAAAGUCUCUACGUCACCGCUAAUCACUGGCCCAACCUCGUCUCCCUGGACCUGGGCUUCAACGACCUGACAGACCUGCAGAGCAUGGUCGCCAGCCUGAGGACCCUCCGGCACCUGCGACUCCUGGUGCUGCAGGGAAACCCACUGGCCUUGGUGCCCUACUACCGCGGCCUCGUCAUCGACAGCCUGGCCCAGCUCUGCGUGCUGGACGACAUCACCGUGUCUCCCAACGAGAAGCAUCUCUUCCGGGGGCUCAGCCUCAAUGGCGAUCUCUUGGCACAGGAGGCGCAGUUUGUGGUGACCAUCGGAAACAUCAGAGGAGUCCUGGACACCUCUGUCUUAGACCCGGAACCCGGACCCGAAGGCCCUUUCAUCACUUACAACUAUUACGUGACCUACGAUUUUGUGAAAGACGAAGAGGGCGAAACGAAUGAGUCCGCGGAUGUGCUGGCCGAGAUCGUCAAGCCCUCUCCCAGCUCAGAAUUAUUAGUUGAGGAAUCUCCUGAAGAGGUCGUCGGAGACGUCAUCGAAGACAUUGUUGAAGAGGUUACUGAAGAGGUCGAAGGGUCUCUGGAGUCUGAGGUGGAGGAGUCAGGAGAGUCAGAGCUGUCUGUCAUCUCGGGGCCUUCGACCAUCUUGCAGACGCCGAGGGCCUCUGCAGAAGAGCUGGCCAAGUUGCGGCUGCGUAUAGAUCCCCGGCUCUGCCCGUCCCCAGGGACUGUCCUCUUCAGCACCACCCACAAGCCCUGGGCUGAGGUCAUCCCCUGCAGCUACGAGAUGCAGCACUCUCUCAGGGACCUGGUGCCACUGAAGGCCUUCCUGCUGGCGGGGACCACCGUGACCAUCGUGGAGGAGAAGAUUCUCUCCUGGCCUGUGGUGCUACCUGCUGUUGACAGUCCCCUGUCUGCCAAGAAAGGAAAGGGGGAGAAAGACAAGAAAGGGAAGGAGAAAGACAGAACGGGGAAAGGAGAGAAAGAGCCGGCCAAGGAGUGGAAGGUGCCGAAGAAGAAGAAAGAGCCACCCAAGGAGCUCCGGCAGGACCCCCCCAUCCUCCAGGUGCUGGGCCGGGGCCUGGUGAUCCUGGAGCCCCUGCUUGCCGGGGAGCCCCUGGUGUCCACCGUGUGCAACUUCGGCGUGGUCCGCACCUUGACAUCUGACAGGCUGACGUUGGCCAGGGAUUCAAAGAAGAUUAAGAAAGUUGCCAAAAAAGAGCAACCCACCAUACUGAAGCUGAAAAGUGGAAACCGGCCCGACGUGGUGGCUCACGCCUGUAAUCCCAGCACUUUGGCGUGCGGAUCACCUGAGAAAAGCCGAAAGCCGUGAUUCCGAUCUACGAAGGCGAUUACCACCCCGAGCCCCUGACGGUAGAGGUGCAGAUCCAGCUGAACCAGUGCCGCUCGGCGGAGGAGGCUCUGCGCAUGUUCGCCGUGUAGGGCGUGGGCAGUAAAGGCUGUUCCCAGC